UGUACGCACUUCCGCCGGCGGCGGCCGGGGCCUAUGUACCAAUGGCUGCUGGCGGCUGUCGGCAGUCUCUUCGCCGCCGCGCGCCGCUCCGCGCCACUCCCGGUCCCGCGCAAGCGGCCCUUCCGCAGUGUUCAGCCGCCUCUGCAAGAAGAUCCUGACGAGCCUCAACCAAAGAGGAAAACAUCAGGCUCUGAGCCUCCAGGAGAAGCAAGCACUUCUGCUGAGGUGAACUUGCCACCCAGGGCAGCAGAUGAACACUGGACAAUUUCAGAUGACAACGUAACUUCAACCACAACCUUGGGAGAAGAGCCUCCAUCUGCUCCAUAUGACCCUUCAUUUGAAAUACCAUCAAGCCCUGUGCUGGAAAGGCUGCAGAUUGAUAAUAUGCCUUUUGAAAGCGAUGCUUACUUUGAUAGGGUCACACUGGCCCUUUCUCCUGUGACAGUUCCAGAUUUCAGCAACUACUACACUGAACCUCCUGGAGAUGACACUUCAACACCCACUGAGGAUGAAGAGCCAAAACCUUCUACUUCUGGAAUGGACAAAACAGGGAAGCCUUUGCGCAGCGUUGAGGAUGCGCAGAAAGAAGAAAAAGAGAAAUACAAGCAACUCUUGAAACUACUGAAGGACAAAUAUGCUAAAUACUGCCAAACUGCAAAGCCGACAAGCUCCAAUGUUGAGAUUUACUACAAAGAGUCACUGUCUGCUGUAACUUUCCUGGAAGAACAAAGAUGUGGAGGGGAUGCCUCCAAGCUUUUGACACCAAAACCUGAUGGCAGGAGCCCACGCCACUCUCCAGAACGUGAGCAGCCCAGUUGCAGUUACGGUACGCCAGCAGAAAAGGAAGGCAAGAGAGGACAAGAGGGACAACCCAACUCAGGGCAUGGAGAUGAAGUCCCAAGGAAUGCCUCCUCUGGAUUGCAUCUGCCACCCGUUGUGUCCGGAAGACCAUCUAUCCAUGAUGAGGAAGAAAAGAAACUCCCCAAAUCCCAAGAACGCUUUCCUCCACUCACAGAGGCCAUGGAGAGAGAGAUCAAGGCUGCAUUGAGCGAGGGUAAACCAGAGGAGGUUGUGAGCAGUGCCUUCAAACUCAGGCUCAGCCGUGAGGACAUCCAGACACUGAACAACUUUUCGUGGCUCAAUGACGAGGUCAUUAAUUUCUAUAUGAAUCUUCUGAUGGAAAGAGGCAAAAAAGAAAACUAUCCAUCAGUGUACGCUUUUAGUACUUUCUUCUGUCACAAACUUCUUUCCGAAGGCUACACAGCAGUAAAAAGAUGGACUAGAAAUGUGAAUCUGUUCAAACAUCACAUCAUUUUAGUUCCUAUUCACUUGAGAUCACACUGGACCUUGGUGGUCGUAGAUAUCAGAAUGAAGACCAUCACAUACUUUGACUCACUUGGAAAAAGAGGAGACAAGAUUUGUGAAGCUGUAUUCCAAUACCUGCAAGAGGAGAGCUGGGAGAAACGAAAAGUGAAGCUGUCACUUUCGGAGUGGACCCUUCACAGCAUGGAGUCCCAUGAAAUUCCUCAGCAAUCGAAUGGAAGUGACUGCGGAGUUUUUAUGUGCAAAUAUGCAGAUUAUGUCUGCAGAGACAAACCCAUUACCUUCACUGAGGAAGACAUGCCUUACUUCCGCAAGAGAAUGGUGUGGGAAAUAAUCCAUCAGCAGCUGCUGUGAGGCAUGAACCGGCAGAGCAACACGGUGGAUCACCUCGCAGUCACUAACUCCUAUUUCAUUAUGUUUGCAGUGCCUUACUGAACAGGAAGCAGGCACUCACAUGUUUCUCUUUUAGGCUAUAAAGUAACGGUUAAUUUUUUUCCUCCAUUUCGGAGACGGUGCCUCUCUUUGAAAUGAGCUGAUGCGCCUUGAGUGAGAGUCUGAAAGUUGGCUGUGACUUCACCUGGGGAGUGGUGGAGAAGAAAUGGUGUGAACUUGUGUCGGUGGGACGGAGGGCUGCCACCUCACUGCACACGUGGCCACAUUUAUGGACAAAUGGGACUCUCCUGCCUGGUGGUAACAGUCGUGGGAGCCAAACUGAGCUCCCCGAGGACAAUGUGCUUAGCUGCUGUUUCUUCAAGGAGAGUUUUCUUCUGUUUCUGGAAUACCUACGAUCUACUUGAUUCCUAAAACUGGAUUUGUGAUGAAAGGGGGGGGGAAAAAAAAAAGUAUUGACGGUUUUCUUGAUUUGUAACAAAUCUGUAGUGAAGCCCCUUUAGUUGGGGUGGUUUUGUUUUGUCUGCAGGGAAUUAUCUGAUGUGAAAAGAGAAGUAUUUAUUUUGUUUCUUUUUUAAAGUAAAUAUGUAAUUUAUACAAAGAGCUUUACUGGAAAGAAAUUCUACCUGGUGAUGAAAGAGAGUGUUUUUUCUAAAUGAAGAAAAAAAAAGAAA